AUGCCUCUCUUCCACCGCAACUCGCUCUCCAGCUCGUCCGACCGCAGCAUCGACGACCCCAACACCCACAACUACUCGCACCGCUCCCAUCGCUCGCACCACUCCACUUCCCCACGCUCCAGCCUCUCCUCUUCCUCCUCCUCCUCCCGCCGUCGCAGCAGUAGCCACAGCUACGGCCACCACAGCCACAGCGGAAGCACCCACGGCCACUCGCGCUUCAGCUUCGGCAGCCGUCGCCACCAGGAGGACCCCUCCGUCCUCGCCGCCAAAGAGCAGGUCUCGCGCGCUGAGGCCGCCGAGCGUGAAGCCGACCGCGCCCUCCUGGCUUCCCGCCGGGCCGUGCAAGAUGCCCGCGAGCAUGUGAGGCGUCUGGACGAGGAGGCGCGCAUCGAAGCCCGCGCCGCCAAGAUGAAACAGGACCAGGUCAAGUCGAUUACGAAACGGGCCAAGCCGCUGGGACGUAAGUGA